AUGUCCGCAAGUAAUAAAGAUGACCAACUCAUGAAAAAUGAGUUCGAAAGUACCUACGACAAAAUUGUCGAUUCAUUCGACAAUAUGGAGCUCCCAAAGGAUCUCUUAAGAGGUAUCUACUCCUAUGGUUUUGAAAAGCCAUCAGCCAUCCAACAAAGAGCUAUCAUUCCACUCUCAAAAGGUUUUGAUAUUAUUGCCCAAGCUCAAUCUGGUACUGGUAAAACUGCUACCUUCACCGUUGGUAUCUUAUCUAGAAUUGAUAUUUCAGUCCUCAAAUGUCAAGCUCUCAUCAUUGCCCCAACUCGUGAACUUGCUCAACAAAUUCAAAAGGUUGUUUUAGCUUUAGGUGAAUAUUUACACAUUAAAUCAUACGCAUGUAUUGGUGGUACUAAGAUUACUGAUGAUAUUCAAGCCCUCCAAAGUGGUGUACACGUAGUUGUCGGUACCCCAGGUCGUGUCUUUGAAAUGUUAUCACGUGGUAUCAUUAAUCGUGACACCAUUAGAAUUUUCUGUCUUGAUGAAGCUGAUGAAAUGUUAUCACGUGGUUUCAAGGAUCAAAUCUAUGAAAUUUUCAGAUUCUUACCAAAGACCAUCCAAGUUGGUUUAUUCUCUGCCACCAUGACUGAUGAAACUUUAGGUAUCACAAGCAAAUUCAUGCAAAACCCAGUCAGUAUCCUCGUCAAAAAGGAUGAAUUAACCCUUGAAGGUAUUAGACAAUUCUACGUCAACGUUGGUGUUGAACAAGGUAAAUUUGAAGUUUUAACCGAUCUCUACGAAACCCUCUCUAUCACUCAAUCCGUUAUUUUCUGUAACACCCGUAGAAAGGUCGAUUGGUUAACAAGCAAAAUGACCGAACAAAAAUUCACCGUCUCAUCAACUCACGGUGACCAAAAGGAUCGUGAUGGUAUCUUACAAGCUUUCCGUUCUGGUGCUACUCGUGUCCUCAUCACCACCGAUCUCUUAGCUCGUGGUAUUGAUGUCCAACAAGUAUCACUCGUUAUCAACUUUGAUUUACCAACCAACAUUGAAAAUUACAUUCAUCGUAUCGGUCGUUCAGGUCGUUUCGGUCGUAAGGGUGUUGCCAUCAACUUUAUCACUGACGCUGAAAGAGGUCAAAUCGAUGAAUUAUCUCGUCAUUACAAUACCUACAUUGCCGAAAUGCCACAAGACAUUGGAAGUUUCCUCUAA